AUGGCAACUACUAUGAGCUCUGUUCGACAAGAGCAGUCCGGAAAGGCCUCUCCCCAUUCUGCUCGACAUGCUGAGCAAAUGACUGACGCCGAGGGUCAUGCGGCCACAAAUAGAGCCUUGAAUGACCCUUUAGCCUCAUAUGAUGAGGAUGAUCUGGAGCAGAUUGCUGAAGAUUACGCUCGAAUUCAUGGGCUCAACGAUUCUGUUGAUGUAUGCGCAUUUAAAGCUGGCGCACUACUCGCAAAAGAUCCCGACAGUAGACGGGCUUUAGUGGAACUAUCCAUGACCGAUAUAAAUAUCCUUAGCCAGGAAAAAAUGGAUGAGUCUUCGACCUGGAGAUGUGUUUGGUCUCAGACGUGGGUCUUCUUGAGGGCAAUUAUUCUUUGCUCAGUUUGCGCAGCCGUUCAAGGAGUAGAUGAAAGUGUUGUCAAUGGAGCGCAAAUUUUCUAUUCAAAAUUGUUUGGAAUCGAUAAUGCAGACAGUUCUUUGGACCCAUGGCUCUUGGGUAUCACCAAUGGUGCCCCGUCGGCUACUGUGCCAGUAUAUGCUUGUGAGACUUCUCCCGCCUCAAUACGCGGUACGAUGGCCAUGCAAUGGCAAGUAUUUACGGCUUUUGGUAUCAUGUUAGGAUUAAGGAACAUCAAGGUUCAGGCAGCACGUGAUAUCUUUCAAAUGCAUAUGCUUCUCGAAGCCGAGAAGAAUAUGGGCAAUGGAUCGGGCAAAAUUAUGCGAUUGUUCACAUUCUGCGGUAUCAAUGUUAUAGCAUACUAUUCGUCGGUCAUCUUCGUUGACGCUGGAUUUUCGGAAAUCAUGGCUCUCGUUAUGUCUUUGGUUUUUGGGGUGCUCAACUUCGUCGGUGCGAUUCCUGCCAUGUUUACAAUUGACAGGUUUGGUCGAAGAUGGCUUCUACUUUUUACCUUUCCAUUGAUGUCCGCCUUUCUAUUCCUCACUGGCUGGAGUUUCUCAAUUCCAGAGGAGAAGGGUGUACGUAUUGGCGUCGUAGCUGCAGUCCCGGAGCAGGCCCUGUCCCCUUCACUUAUUCGGCAGAGGCUUAUCCUCUCCACAUCCGUUCACUAG